AUGCCGCUCUGUCUCACUUUCUUCGAUUUUUGGAAAGCCUUCGAUACAGUUGAGACCGAAGCGGUCAUGGAGGCCUUUGACAUCCAUGGUCUCCCUACACAGUACAUAAAGAGAGGUGUUCGUCAGCGUGACACAAUUUCACCUAAAAUAUUCAGUGCCACUCUCGAGAACGCGUUGCGAGGAUUGGAAUGUGAUAAUAUGGGAGUGGAAGCUGACGGCCGGCAUUUACCCCAUCUUUGUUUCGCUGAUGAGAUCGUACUAAUAACAUCAAGCACCAAUCAGGCGGAACCUAUGCUGGCCAAAUUUGAUGAAACGAGUAGAAGGAUAGGUCUCCAGCUGAACCUGGUCAAGAGGAUGUUCAUGAGGAACGGCAGGGUUUCUGAUGCCUCUUUCACACCCAACAGAAAGAACAUAUCCGAAUGCUCCAGGUCCUCUGUUGGGCAGGAGGAAACUGCGGCUCGAGGAGCACAAAAGAGCAUAGAGAAUAUAGUGAAGAGGACUAAGAACAUCCGGCUCGAUGCUCACCCGUUCAAACCACUGCUCUUCUUGGUUUGA